AUGGCCUUGCUGUGCUACAGGAAAGGCUGCGGGCAGAGAUUCGACCCCGAGAAGAACAGCCAGGAUGCCUGCCUCCACCACCCGGGCUUCCCCAUCUUCCACGAUGCCUUGAAGGGCUGGUCUUGCUGCAAGAAACGGACGACCGACUUCUCCGAAUUCCUCUCCAUAAAGGGCUGCACGAAAGGUUUCCACAGCAACGAGAAGCCUCCGGAGCCCGAAGACGCCUCAGCCCAGCCCAAGCCGUGCACCGCAGACCUGGUUCCGGAGCCAAAGUCCACGGAGGUGCUGCAGCGGGAGAGACCCAGUUCCGAUGAGCCCAAGCAGCCGCUGCUGGUGAAGGUGGCCCAGGCGCUACAGCAAGUUCUGGAGAAGCUCAACGCAUCUACGGCUCCGCAGCCUGCCCCGCAUGGCUUGGCCAACCCCGGCGGCAGCUCAGAGACGAGCAUCGGCACGGCCUGCAGAAACGCCGGCUGCAAAGCGACUUUUCAGGGGGAGGAGAGCAAGACGGAGAGCUGCCAGUUCCACCCAGGAGUGCCCGUCUUCCAUGAGGGCAUGAAAUACUGGAGUUGCUGUGGGAUCAAAACCACGGAUUUUGCCGCAUUCCUGGAGCAGAAGGGUUGCAGCAGAGGGAAGCACACCUGGGUAACGAGGCAGGAGGACAAGAAGCUGGUCUCUUGUCGGCAAGACUGGCACCAAACCAGCAGCCAAGUGGUGGUGACCCUCUAUGCCAGGACCCCACUGCCCCACCUCAGCUCCAUCAAGGCCAACCGCACUGGGCUGGACAUCCGGGUAGCCUUUGAGGGGGAGAAGUUCUUCCAGGCCCAGCUGGAUCUCUGGGGGGUCAUCAACGUGGAGAAGAGCUUCGCCAGCCUCUUGCCUUCCAAGGUGGAAAUCGCCCUGAAGAAAGCCAGCCCCAUUGCCUGGGCUAGGCUGGAGCAGCCGCACAGCCAAGCCGAGGCCCUUCAGCCCCUGUCUCAGGAGGUGGCCACCCCAGGCAGCUCCCUGGAAGCCCCCCUGGAGGAGUCAGACGACAGCUUGGGCUGGUCUGAGGAGGAGGACUGA